UCGCCUCGCCUCAGUCUGGCUCGAGCGUGGGGAGUGAGUGGAAAACCUACCCGACUUCCCUGUCAGGUGAACGGUGCAUCACGGACACUCCCGCUUUGUGUGCAACCCUGUGUCUGUGUGCUUGAGUGUUUAUCCCAGUGUAGCAGCCACGCGGGACUGUCUAAGCGGACCUGAUACACUGACGGCUUAUUCUGUCAAACAGAAAAGAAGAAUAAAGAGAAAAAACAUGAAAGAAAAGUGAAAAAAAAGGCCUACAAUAUUCAAGAUCAAAGAGAAGCUUAACUCACUACUACCACCACCACCACCACCACCACCACCACCACCAGCACAGCCUCGCAUGCACCUUCACUUCCCAUCCACCUUCCUCCUCAUUCCACUAACGGAUGUACUGAGCAGAGGACCAGGUGGGCGCUGCUGGUAGUGCGGCUGCGGGAGGAAGUAGACGAGGAGGAGGAGGAGGAGGAGGAGGAGGAAGGAGAAGGGAGGGGGAGACAGAUGAGGUAAAUGCAGCGGCGAUGGAGGCAGCGUGGUGAUGGCUGGAGGACUGAGAGGAAGCGGAAACAUGAAGCAGCAGCAGGAAGGAUAGAAAGAGAGCGUUGGGAGGCAAUGAAGAGCAACAACCGCUGGUGUAUCAGUGCGUGUUGGUGUGGGAAGUGAAGUGACAAGCAGAGCAAAGCAGAGGGGAGAGCAAUAAAGGCUACCGUAGAGAAGAGAAAGGUAGUGAAGAAGUGAAUGCAACGAAGGAAGGAAGGAAGGAAGGAAGUACCAGUGAUAAUAAUAGUGUCGUGAAUCGUGGCCUGUGUUUAUUCUGCCGUUGCUGUCUUUGGAAAGGCAACGCAAGGAGAGAGUGUUCAUAGAGAGGCACAGAACAGCUUCCAAACGACGUGAGAAGACAAGUGGUAACGACAUUCAGUAACAGUAAGAAGUGACGAAAUAUAAAAGUAAAAGUGGAACAAGUGACAUCUAAAAGAGGCAAGAAAGAAAAAAGACAAUAGUGGUAGUGAUCUGUAAUCGUAAAUAACACGAAACUGAAAAUUUAAUGUAAGAGUCGUAAAUGAAAUGAGAGACCAAAGAGUUUCAUAAGAGUAAAAAGUACUUAACGAGCUGACUCAGGAAAAGAGGUGGACAAAAAAAAAAAAAAAAACUAGCAAUAGAACAUCAAGGGGAGAGAGAGAGAGAGAAAAAAAAAUAAAACUGAAGAAUUAAGCAGUGAAACGAGGGAAUUAACCAGACUCCUUCCUCACUCCACUCAACACCACCUUCACACUCGAGACCACAGAUAACCCAUCAACCCCCCUCAAAACCCAUAAAAAAAAACAUUCCUUCCCAUUCAAACCACUCAACCAAACCAUUUCUCCCCAAUUCUCCCCCUUAUACGAACUAUAUACCCAUCCUAGUCGCCGAAGACUAAGCGGUACCUCAAACACCUCGUAACUUCACAGAAAAGAACCCACCUUCAGUAAACACCAUGGCUGCCACUCCGCCGAAGGAUUACAGGCGGGAGGUGGACGCGGUGUACCCCGAGCCGCUGUCCCGCCUGAGCCGUGUGGUAGAGACGCACCCGCACGCCUACAAGCGAGCCAUCAAGAAGAAAAUGAACCGCAGUGGCCGCUUCAGAACCACGCCAGUCACUUUUGACGAGAUCAAGGAGGUGGACGAGGAGGGAGAGGCAGCCGGGGAGGACAACCAAGGGAGUGCCGCCGCUGCCUCCCGCUCUGAACACGAUCUUCGCCAGCAGUUUGAGAAGUUCCUUGAGCGGAUGGACCGAAAACGCCCCUACCCGCAGCGCCUCCAGCAGGGCCUGACGGAGGUGUCGCCGCCCUCCAUUCCUGAAGACGACUUCCCCAAGAAUUACAGUCGGAAAGCCAGACCGUCAAUAUGAGGCGCCACAGGCUGCCCUCACGCCCCGCCCCGCCUCGUGACCCUGGGCUUCCCUCUUCCGGCGAGUGGUUGCGGGGUGACGUCCAGGCCCUGCACUCACCCCGCUCUUGUUGUCUCGACGCAGAUGCCACUUGAAGACUCCAGACAUUGCAGCCUCGGGUGUGCGUUCGCUUGUUUAAGGUUCUCCGUUGGUCCGUCCCGUUUCCAUCAUCGCCACCAGGAGCAGGGGAAGGAAGCCUCGUGUAUAUCUUUUCAUAUCUGCCUUAUAGAAAGAUUUUAUAUUAUAUCUAAGCCAUUUCCAAGCAUUAGCAGUUUUUAAGAGAGAGAGAGAGAGAGAGAGAGAGAGAGAGAGAGAGAGAUUUACGGCGCCGCAGUAGCUAUAUGUGUCACGUAGCGUCUAGAGAGAGAGAGAGAGAGAGAGAAAGAGAAUCAUUAUAUAAUCUCACUGCUACUCUAGCGCGGUGCAGUGAUUUGGGAAGCACAAGAAUAAACACAAAAUUUAUAAUGAACAAAAACUAUUACUGAGCCAGAUAUGAUAUGCAUUGUUUGCCCACAUAAUUAUAUAUAUAUAUAUAUAUAUAUAUAUAUAUAUAUAUAUAUAUAUAUAUAUAUAUAUAUAUAUAUAUAUAUAUAUAAUUUUUUUUCCAGAUACGUUAUGAAAACUUGGUCUUUUUUUCAGCAGAUCAGGAGACAUAGCAUUUGUGUAUUCACAUAUUAUUUCAGAAUGAUUCUGUUAAUCCUGUGCGAACCAUGUAUUAUAGUUACAAAACCCAUGAUUUUGUUGUGGGUAGACAUGUUUUAUGUUUAGAUGUUGAUUAAUGCAUAAAUGUCUAUACAUGUAUAUAUGUAAAAUCAAGCUUAUAAACUGCUUCCACUCUGAAUAUGUUUUAGAAAUUUAUGUCAGCAAUUGUUUUAGUAAGAAUGGUAGCUUGCUUUAAGUGUUCAUUAUAAUUGUUGUUGUUGUUGUUAUUAUUAUUUUUUUUUUCAUUAUUAUUAUUAUUAUUAUUAUUAUUAUUAUUAUUAUUAUUAUUAUUAUUAUUAUUAUCAUUAUUAUUAUUAUUAUUAUUAUUAUUAUUAUUAUUAUUAUUAUUAUUAUUAUUAUUAUUAUUAUUAUUAUUAUUAUUAUUAUUACAUAGUUAUAUUCAAAGCACCAAACAGCUUGCUACGAAAAAUGAAUGUGAUAAAGCCAGGAAACAACACCUCAUGUGUAUCUACUGAGAGGACUGUACAUAGUAGAUAGAUAAUUAUAUUUCAUUGCUAUCUUUCACUCUCCAUGGUUUGUGAAUAACAGCUUACAUUGCACACGCUUCCACUUUAAGUUUUCCUUCUGUUAAUGGAGUGAGAACUGGGAAGAAUUGUUUGAAGUGAGAGGAGAAGACUGCUCGUACCACUGAUCAUGUUGUGAUGUUAAGUCACAGCUGAGGCAAUAUGUAAUGAUACAAAGUGCAGAAAAGGACGAACCUGCACAUUGCUUGUUCAGUGAAUGGGUAGAAAUGGCUGAUGCUGGUUGUACGUAUCUUAUUCAUGUUGA